GAACCAGACCCCUGUCAAAAAAAAUAUGAACCAGACCCGAAAUAGUUCUCCACAUACCGCUCCGAAAGUCCGGAUGCUAACCACCUCCAUUGUCCAUCCAAACCCAAAUUGACUUGAGUUGAUCCUGGUUCCUGAACCAAUUGCAUCGCCACCAGUUACCGCGUCGGUCGACAGUGCAUUGCCCCGAUAAUUGCAGUAGCAGGUACAAAUUCAAACUUUCUCGGUGACAUAGGAAACUCGGAUGAAUAAUCAUGUCUACUGUUAAUGUAAUCAAGUCAUCCCUUGAUUCCAUACAUCAGAUAUCAGUCCACCUUCGUGAGGCUGUUGUUUACCUAGAUGCUGGAUGCACCGAGAGUUUCCAGUUUCUUGGUGCAUUCUCUUUGUUGUUGGAACAUGGAGCACGUGCUGUUUGCUGCUUGGAAAACAUGUCACCACUUGACAUGGUUGCUGAUUGGAAUGGAACAACAGACUCUGCCAAGAAAGUGGUUGUUCUAACAUCAUGCCUAUUGAGUGAUGUACACCGUUAUGUCUUACGCUGUGUAGGUGCACACCCAAGUAUUCAGCAUUGCUGCAUAUUCACUUCUAUUUCGGAGAUGGCACACUCAGCAUAUCCUGACUCACCCCUUGGCCCAGAUGCAUUUCGAGAAUAUGAAUCUUUGUUAAUACAAGAUUAUGAAGAGCUUUCGAAUAAACAAAAGACAAAGCCGGAACGGUUGGAUGGAAGGAACUUUUCGGAAAACUUGGCCUCUGAAGAAGGUUGGGCCGAACUUGAUGACAAAGAAAUUUCUCAUGUUGUCACUAGCCCUAGUGUGUCAAGCGUCUAUGAAGAUAAUCUUAAGCAGAGAGAGCAAGUGUUGGUUGUGUCUGUGCAGCACUUUCCUAUGAUAUAUUGUCCUCUUUCACCAAAUUUCUUUGUCUUACCCUCUGAAGGAUCAAUUGCUCAAGCUAGCUUAUCAGUUGAGCAUGAGAAUUCAGUGAGCCCUGGGUUGCCCCCACUAAGUACUGGUGUUGCUUCUGAUGGUGAGGAUGUUCCUGGAGCUACUUUAACAGCCCAUUUUCUCUAUUAUCUAGCUUCUAAGAUGGAUCUAAAACUGGAAAUAUUUUCUUUCGGGGAUCAAUCCAAAACUGUUGGAAAAAUAUUAACAGACAUGUCGAGUCUUUAUGAUGUAGGUCGUCGUAAAAGAUCAGCAGGCUUGUUGUUGAUUGACCGUACCUUGGAUCUCCUGACCCCAUGUAGUCACACUGAUUCCUUUUUCGAUAGAGUAUUUACUGCUUUACCUCGUAGAGGAUUAAGAUCACCUUUUUCUGCCCAUGCAAGAAACUCACAAGCCCAGGCAAAGCCAAGUGCUCGCGUACAGCGUGUACCUCUUGAUGUCCGGAUACCACUUGACAAUGUUCUCAACAAAGACUCUGGAGGUGAUAAUUUUCACCUACUGGAAAAUAUUGAAGCUUUUCUUCAUGGGUGGAAUUCCAGCAGCUCUGAUUCAAAGAUCCAGGACCUGAUUGAUCUUAGCUCCAAAAUUCAAGAUGAGAAGUCCUCUGUCGCCGUAGAGCAGAUGUUUGAUGGAUCCUUUGUGGCUGCAGAGAGUUUCCAUGGUACACCUUAUUUGGAAGCUGUAUUAGGAAGACGAAUGAAGGAUGGGGCUGUACUUGUUAAGAAGUGGCUCCAAGAAACUUUGCGCAAAGAGAAAAUACCUAUGAAUGUGAAAGCUCGACCUGGUUUUGCCACAAAGGUAGAACUGCAACCCAUGAUAAAAGCACUGGCUACAAGUGACUCAUCGUUACUUAAAAAUAAAGGGAUUAUCCAGUUGGCUGCUGCUACUCUGGCUGCACUAGAUGAUUUACAUUGUGACAAAUGGGAUGCGAUCAUCAGUGCAGAGAAAAUGUUGCACGUGUCUGCUGGAGACACAAGUCAAAGUCUUGCUGCUCAAAUAGGGGACUUGAUCAACAAAAGCUUAUUAACUGGAACGCAAGGUGUAAAAUCAAAGUCCUCACAAGGAUUAAUUUCUUUUAAAGAUGCAUUGCUCCUUACAAUAGUUGGCUAUAUUCUGGCGGGUGAAAAUUUUCCCACAUCAGGAUCUACAAGCCCUUUCUCCUGGCAGGAGGAGCAUCUAAUGAAGGAAGCCAUUGUUGAUGCAAUAUUUGAAAAUCCAGAAUUGUCGCAACUUAAAUUUAUACACAGUCUUGCAGAAGAGCUUGAAGCAUACCGAAGCAAAAUCAGUUCAAAGGAAAAAACACCGAAGGAGGAAUUAUCUAUUGAUGAUCUUGAUGAUGACGAUUGGGGUAACUGGGGUGAUGAAGAUGCUGACAGUGCUAGUAAUAAAGAGCAAGGAUAUGAUGACAUGCAACUCAAACUGGAGUUACGUGACAGGGUUGAUAGUCUUUUCAGAUUCUUUUACAAGUUAUCUGGUUUAAAGAGAAGGAAUGCACCAUUGAGAGAAGGCCCCUUUGCCUCAGAAGUUGGUAUCGUAGGUGAUUCUUUUCAAAGUAAAGGUCUUCUAUAUAAGGUAUUAUUGAGAGCAUUAGAAAAACAUGAUGUACCUGGAUUAGAGCAUCACUCUUCAGCUGUGGGUAGACUUUUCGGAAGAUUUGGACUUGGCCAGGCAAAACCUAGUCUAGCAGACCAAAACAUUAUCCUUGUUUUUGUUAUAGGCGGCACCAACGGCCAAGAGGUACAUGAAGCUUUUGAGGCAUUGUCUGAAAGUGAGAGGCCGAAUAUAGAGCUUAUAGUUGGUGGCACAACACUUCUAACCCCUGAUAACAUGUUUGAGUUACUGCUGGGAAACUCUAGUUACUUCUAGACUGUAGAUAUUGAUGAUCUGAUUCCCCCCAAUUUCUGAUCUCAACACAAGUUACCAACACCUGUACCAUAUUUUUAUGUUCAUCUCACCUGUAAGUUUUGAUAAUGUAUGUCUAUGAGUUGCUGAAAUUAAAAUGUAAUUAAUUUCUUUCGUCUUCAAAAGAACUUCCUGCAGUUCUGCAGGUGCAAUUAUGUA